AUGGCGGUUGUACAUCAACUAGCGAUGAACGGGGACUUAGCCAACUUCUCCUUGGCUCCCUCUUUACCUGAGGAUGCCUGCGUCUCCAGCAAUCUUCAGGAGGAGAUUGAGAAUAUUCAGCGGGUCAUCAAAGUGACACGCAAGAAGUUGGAAGCUAUGAAUGAAGAAUUCGGCAAACAUCAGCAUCCGCCCUCCUUGUAUGUUCAGGAAUAUGAAGAACUCGCCAACAAAAUUCACGAGUACCAGCUCAGGGAGCAGAGACUUCAAGAGCAGAUGAGUGUGGGAGGAGGUUCACCUCCACCCUCGCCCCCUGUAGAUAGGACUCUGCCGGAGGAGCCACUGCUGUCCCCAGGGCUUCCGGUCACCACCACCAACAGCAGCAGUAAUGGGUGGGGUUUGGCUGUCGGGCAGCGCAGUCCUCAGUUGGCUGUACGCUCUACGAAUGCUCACAUCAGGGCCUUCCUGCCAAAUAGUAUGGUAACGACGAUUGUAGCUCACCCUGGAACUACGCUCAAAGAUGGUCUCAUGAAGGCCAUGAGGAGACGACAGCUUGAUGCCUCCAAGUGUCAAGUAUUCAGGCAUAAAACCAGGAUUCAGCUGACAUGGAACACAGAUAUGGGGGAGCUUGCAGGACAGGAAGUGUCUGUAGAACUCAUGGAGGUCGAUGAUGAGAAUGGUGUUCCGCCUUCGAUGCACAGAUCUGUAUUUCUGUCACACAAUUUUGGAAGGAAAACGUAUUUCUCACUGACUUUUUGUGAUGUCUGCCAUAAUCUGCUGUUUCAAAGUAUCCGCUGCCAGACGUGUGGGCUGAGAUUCCACCAGCGCUGUGAGGAUAAAGCUCCUCGAAACUGCCAGGGAGACCUUGAGUUCUAUCUGCGCUCGUUGCGAGACAAGUCUCGAGAACUUAUUCGCGAGUAUGUAACAGAAGGUCAGGGUCCACCUAGUAAUAGGCAAGGUCAGUCGUCAAAAGGAGGUCACCAGAGUCGAACUCCAGCUCCCCAAUUAGGACAGAGAGAGCGAUCUACUUCAGCUCCCAAUGUCUGUGCUAACAUGAUCGAUAACGGUGAUAUAAGUCAACAG